UUGUGGAUCAAUUAGAAGACCGUUUCGAACAAUUCGGACAAAUGAAAGGCAAUUUCAAAGAAGAUAUGGAAGAAGAGAAACAAUUAUACUUUUGGGGAUCUAUUAGUAAAAAGUUUCUCAAAACCAAACAAACGAAUAAAAAUAUUAAACGGAUUAUUGGAUAUACAAAAGAAGGAGGCCCAGGGUCGGGCAAAGGCACCCAGUGCGAUCGCAUUGUCAAACAGUAUGGAUUCACACACUUAUCGACGGGUGAUCUGCUUCGGGACGAAGUGGCCUCGGGUUCAGAGUUGGGCAAAAAGUUGAAUGAAGUGAUGAAAUCGGGGAAAUUGGUGUCCAAUGAACAGGUGUUGGCUUUGCUCAAGAAUGCCGUUCAGAAGAAGUCUUCCACUUCCAAGGGAUUCCUCAUCGAUGGCUACCCGAGACAGGUAUAGCACAUCUCUGCGAAGAUGGCCACACAUAUCACCCCUUUAUAAC